CCCGCUGCCCUUUGCGACAUCGACAUUGAGUGCGAGUCUGAGGCCGUUCUCUGUUCGGAACAGCCGCUGUUGGCCUCAUUUGCGACCGAGUUUUGGUGCCCAUACUGCCGCGAUCGGAGCGAUGGCCAGCAACACACAGACUCAGCCCAUCUCGCCCUGGAUCAAAUACUCCACUGGCGCGUUAGCCACCAUGACGGCCUGUUUGGUUAGCAAUCCAUUUGAGGUGAUGAAGACUCGCCUUCAACUCCAGGGUGAGAUGAAGGCAACAGGUGCCUAUCAGCGUGCUUAUCGCAACGUGUUUCACGCUUUUUAUGAGGUCUUUCGAACCGAGGGUAUCCGCGGCGUCCAAGCCGGUUUGGGCAUGGGCAUUCUUUAUCAAGCCGCAAUGAAUGGUCCGCGCUUGAGCAUGUACGACUACUUUGUGGAUCGGCACUUUGAAGAGUUUAAGCGACCCAUGACGCUACCUGAAAACAUGCUAGCAGGUGCAACGGCAGGCGCGCUCUCGGCAUUUCUGGGCAGCCCGCUAUUCCUCGUCAAGACGCAACAACAGGCGCAAAGUGCCUCUGGUGUUGGCUUUCAGCAUUCAUCCGCUUUGCAAGCCUUCCGAGCCAUCAUUCAGCAAGAGGGGGUCUUAGGUCUCUGGCGUGGCAUUUUCGGCUCGGUGCCUCGCUUAGCCGUAGGCUCAAUGUCCCAGCUCGUUAGCUAUGGAAAGGCCAAGACUUUUGUGACCGAGGCCUUUCCCAACUUGCAAGGAACCCCUCUGCAUUUUUCUGCUAGUAUGAUAGCGGGUGGCUUUGUGGCACUGUGUAUGAACCCCUUUGACGUCAUCAUGACACGGUUGUACAACCAGCCCGUUGACCCCAGCACCAAGCAGGGCAUGUACUAUUCUGGCUGGUUCGACUGCAUCAAGAAGACGGCCAAGGCGGAAGGUCCUUUCGGCUUUUACAAAGGCGUGACGGCGUUAUACCUGCGGAUUGGCCCCCAUACUGUCCUGACCUUUGUCGUGUGGGAGGCACUCCGCAAUUGGAUCGGCGUCAAGGAGCUCUAG